AUGCCUCAACCCGUUCAUAAGACGGUUACGCUGGUAUGCUGCAGCUCAAGCACAGCUAGCUGGAGCCAAACAGUUGCCCGCGACGACGUAGAGAUAGUGACGUCUACGCCCGAGACACUCAUCGAAAAGUUAGAUGCAUCGAAGGAGCAGCCGGUAGUGGUUUUAGCGGACCAGGACAGCUACGACGCGGCCGCAUCGGCGUGCCGCGCCGCCAGCACCGAAGACCGCUGCGUCCUCGGCGCCAUCCGCGUCGCCAACCCCACGACGGCGCUCGUCGAGGUCGACCAGGCGCUGAAGCAGGCGCGGAGCAAAGCCGCGGCGACCUUUUCAAGGCACAACGCCGGCGUCCCCAAGGCGCCGUACGGCGUGCCGUGGCGGCCCCUCCUCAAGGACGCUUUACAAAAACGCCCGUCAUCCAUCGCCGCGCGCGACGCCAAGGACAAGGCGACGCUCUCGGAACUGCACGCGCGCGCCUCUGGUGUAGCAAGAGCAAUUAGAACGGCAGUAGAAGGUGUGGACAAGCCGGCCGUGUGCCUCUUCGCGCCCAAGGACGUGACCUGCGUCGCGGGCAUGCUCGGGGCGUUAUUAGCUGGUUAUCGGUUCGCGGACGUGCCCGCGGGGUCGGCCGCGCCCGAGGUGCGGCGGUUAUUCGGGAUGAUUCAACCCGACGUCGUGUUGGCCGUGGGGAGCACCGUGUCGAGGGUGCCCGAGGCCUUCCAGGGGAAAGUCGUGAGAUUGGACGCGGCGGCGGUGAGCGACGGGCCGCUCGUGCCGCUCGACGGGCCCGGUUCUUAUACGAAUGAUGAGAGGGAUGGUGCCUUUUGUGUGCUGACGUCGGGCACGACGGCGGCGGCGAAGCUCGUCGUGUGCCCCCAUGCGGCGUUGAUGGGCUGCGCGGCGUACAUGGCGCAGGAUAACAUCGGUCCCGGCGACGCCGUCGGGCUGUUCUGGCUGGCCUGGUACAUGCUGCCGCCGAUGAUGGAAGGGGCAAGCGUCUUCGCGCUGCCGGACAAGGCGUUUGCCGAUCCUCGUUUGUUAUUUGACUUUAUCCGCGACGAGAAGUUGACAGUACUCUAUGUAACCCCAUCGAUACUAAAAGCCGUCUUAGACGUGGAGCCGGACCAGAAACGCCUCGCCGAGGAGUUCAAGACCGUGCGCGUCGUCUACUGCACGGGCGAGCGGUUACCUUCCGAUUUGCGAGCCAGAGCCCUCAAAAUAGGGCAGGACGGUCUGAGGGUCCGGAACUGCUACUCGACGAACGAGGGCGGCGACACGGCCUUAGAUUUAGGUGAAGGAGCUUCAUCAUUGCCAUUACUACCGGACGUCCACGCCGAGGUGCUGGACCUGAACGGCGAGCCGACGCCCGUCGGCGCGGUCGGUCGAUUGCACGUCAAGGGCCCGGCAUUAUUCCGGGGCUACUGGACCCAGGACGGCAUCAAGGAGACGCCCGAACUCUAUAGGACGGGCGAUCUCGUGCGGUGGGUCGGCGGCAAUUGCAUCGAGUUCUGCGGGCGCGAGGCCGGGUCGCACGUGAAGAUCCGGGGCUUCAAGGUCUUCCCGGACCUCAUCGAGGCCAAGGUCGCCGAGCAUCCCAGUGUGGAGGCGGCCUGGGCCGGCGCCGUCGGCGCGUCCGACGCCGAGAUGCGCCUCGAGUGCGCGGUCGCGUGCAAGGAAGGUUUAACAUCCUCUUCCCUACGAACGUGGCUGCGCGAGCGCCUGCCGCCGCACAUGGUGCCCGUCGUCGUCCGUAACAUGGACAACUCCGACUGGCGGACGGAGCGGGCGAAGUGGUUGAAAUCGGGCAAGCGGCCGACGCCGAAGAAGCUCGCCGAGUUGCUCGCGUCCUUACCGGAGCUGACGAACGGCGCCGAGGUACUGUCUGAUGAAGCUCAAAGAUUAGCGCAGUGCUGGUGUUCCGCGCUCAAGCUGCCGCCCUCCAAAGAUAGGUUUAGCGGCGAGAGCAACUUCUUCGACUUUGGUGGGAGUUUAGCGUUCGUGGGCCUGGCGUCGUCCGUCGAGGCGGAGUUCGGCGUCAAAGUGCCCGUCGGCGAUUUGGUGGCGGCGCCCACGCUAUCGGGCAUGGUCUCUAGGAUAUUAGAUGGCGAGAGCGCGUCGCCGACCUUCGAUCCUUCGGAAGCGGCAUUGAGGCAUGUUGUGGCCGUCGACGACGGCCUGUCCGCCUCGCAAAGAAGGGAGGCGAUCCUCGCCAAGGCGUCUCAACGCUCAAGUGGUGCGAAGGUGCUCGUGACCGGCGGCACCGGGUACGUCGGCGCCUUCUUGUGUAGAGCGCUCGCCGAGCGCGAGGACGUCAAGGAGGUUAUUGCUGUCGUGCGCGCGGCCGACGAUGACAAGGCUUCGCAGCGGCUCCAGGGCAACUGCGAAGCGAGGUUGGGGGAGCUCGGAGAUUGGUACGCCAAAAUCAAGGCCGUCGCGGGCAAGCUCGACGCCGAGAACUUCGGCCUCUCGACGGAUUUGGUCGAGACCUUAGACGUCGUCGUCCACGGCGCCGCCGAGGUGAACAUGGUCAAGCCCCCUUCUCUACUGGAAGCGUCGAACGUCGGGGGCACGAAGCUCGCGGCCGAGCUCGCGCUGAGAGCAAAGGCGCCUCUACUAUUCACGUCGACGAUGCUGCCCCUCGAGGGCGAGGCGCCGACGGGCUACCGGCUGUCGAAGGACGCCGCCGAGAGGGUAUUGGAGGCGGCGGCGCGCGACGCCGGCGCGGUCUGCUGCACGCUGCAGAUCGGCGAUUUAGGAUUUGCGCGGCGGGCCGGCGCGACGCUGCCCGAGGACGACGCGCUCGUCGUGUUGUUGCGGGCCUGCCUUAGAUUGAACGCGGCUCCCUCUGAUGUCGACUGGUCGGCGUCGGUGAUUCCCGUUGACGACUUUGCCGCUAAAUUAGCGGCGAUGGCGUUCGGGAAUCUGGACGGGGCGCCCUUCGACGCGGCGCCGCGCGAGGCCAAGGGCGACCUGGUGCGGUGGCGCGAAGUAUUAGAGGCGUGGCUGCCUCCUUCGAUUGAGCGCGCGCCCUUUGCCGCGUGGCGCGCGCGCGGCGCCGAGGCCGCUUCCCAGGGCGACGAGUACCUGCGCAAGCUCGAGCUGUUGAUCGAGGGCCUGGUCGACGAGCUCCACGCCGAGGACGCGCGGCGGCGGCGCGGCGAAGGUAGUGAAGGCGGCUGGGGCCGGCCGGACGACGCCUGGGCCGCGCGCUUUUCGGCCGCUUUGGCCGCGGCGACGCCGGCGCUGGCGCCGGCGCCGCCCUUGGUCGGCGUGUCGUCGUCGGGGUCGCUCACGGACCUCGCCGCGGCGCACGCCGUGCCGGCGCGCGGCGGCUCGAGCGACGACGGCGCGUCGUCGCCGCGCGGCUCGGUCUCCGACGGCGGCGACACGCGGCCGGCGUCGCCGACGGAAUAG